UGCCGACGCUGCUUAUGCCGCCACCUGUACCGAGCAAGGAGAGCGUCGAGACGCUGUCCGCACUCGAGCUCGCCGAGCAGAUGACCUUCAUCGACCACCAGAUCUUCGCCGCCAUCAGGAGCGAGGAGUUCCUGAAGACGGCCUGGACCAAAGCAGACAAGCAGGUGAAGGCGGCCAACAUCCUCCUCAUCACCAAACGCUUCAACGACAUGUCAAGACUGGUGGUGUCGGAAGUGAUACGCGGACUAUGCGUCCCAUACCGUGUCACGGUCAUCGAGAAGUGGGUGGCGGUGGCUGACAUAUGUCGGUGUCUGCACAACUUCAACGGCGUGCUGCAAGUCUGCGCAGCAUUCCAAAACUCGUCCGUUUUCCGCUUGAAGAAAACCUGGGAAAAAGUUUCAAAGACGACGCGCCAAACUCUGGACAAGCUGCAGUCUCUGGUGAGCUCCGACGGCCGCUUUAGGAACCUGCGUGACGCUUUGCAUCGGUGCGACCCUCCCUGUAUCCCCUACCUGGGCAUGUACCUUACCGACCUCAGCUUCAUCGAGGAGGGUACCCCUAACUUCACAGAUGAUGGUCUCCUCAAUUUCUCCAAGAUGAGAAUGAUCGCUCACGUCAUCAGGGAAAUCAGACACUUCCAACAAACGCCGUACAAAAUCGAGCACUCAGCUAAAGUAACGAGUUAUCUUCUGGACCCUUCACGCCUCAUGAGCGACGACGACCUCUACCGACAGUCCCUGGAACUAGAGCCUCGCAGGGCAACCCUCACUCCAGCGUCCGCCCCCUCACUUGCAAUGCUCACGUCACUUCAGGGAGCGGCUGCCCAUCUGCACCAACAUAGGCUGGAAAAUAAGCAUGAACAGGACAAAGUUGAACAAGAGAAACUUUAUCAUAACAAGCCUGAAAGUGAUAAAUCUGAGCAUGGUAAACAUGAGCGUGAUAAAGAUAAAGAUGAUAAACUUGAAACUGAAAAGAUCGAAGAUGUAAAGAGUGACCUCGUUAAACUCGAAUCUGAUAAACUUGAGCGUGGGAGACUUGAACAUGGCGGCACACUUGAACAAGAGAAAUUAGAACAUGAAAAACUUGAACAGAACACAUUUCAAUCACACAAACAAAAUUACCCAACCAAUACAACCACCAAAUGUUUCAAUGAACUAGAUCAAGUAGCCCAUCAAAACGAGCUUCUUUCUAAGAGUUCCCUGGAAGAUAAGUCCGAAUUAUUUGAUCUGAAUGAAUCUCAAUCGGGCCAACACUAUGGCAUCUUGAAGGGCCGUGCCUCAAAUGAGACCACUGUUCCUUCACCGUCUUCUGAAUCUUCUUGACAACGCCAAGUCCAGAUCACGGGACGCGAGAAAUGGCGGCGUGAACGCGUUUGUAUUCACCGCUGCAACGGCUGAUGAC